GCAAACCUUGCCUGCUCCAUCUCAAAUAAUGAGGAAGGUGUGAAACUGGUUCGCAUGGCAGCAACCCAGAUCGAUAGCCUCUGCCCGCAGGUUAUUAAUGCAGCGCUGACUCUGGCUGCCCGGCCACAGAGCAAAGUGGCUCAGGAUAACAUGGAUGUCUUCAAAGACCAAUGGGAGAAACAAGUCCGAGUUCUGACAGAGGCCGUUGAUGACAUCACAUCUGUUGACGACUUCCUAGCUGUCUCAGAGAAUCACAUCCUGGAGGACGUGAACAAGUGUGUAAUCGCGCUGCAGGAGGGGGACGUGGACACCUUGGAUCGCACCGCCGGAGCCAUCCGAGGCCGUGCCGCCCGAGUCAUUCACAUCAUCAGCGCCGAAAUGGAGAAUUACGAGCCUGGAGUGUACACCGAGAAAGUGAUGGAAUCCACAAAGCUCCUCUCAGAGACUGUUAUGCCUCGUUUUGCUGAACAAGUGGAAGUUGCGAUCGAAGCACUCAGUGCCAACCCGCCACAGGCUUUCGAGGAGAAUGAGUUCAUUGAUGCUUCUCGUUUAGUUUACGACGGCGUGCGUGACAUCAGGAAAGCAGUGCUGAUGAUAAGGACUCCUGAAGAGCUGGAGGACGACUCUGAUUUUGAGCAGGAAGACUACGAUGUGCGCAGCCGAACGAGUGUCCAGACUGAAGACGACCAGCUGAUUGCAGGACAAAGUGCUCGGGCCAUCAUGGCCCAGCUGCCACAGGAGGAGAAAGCGAAGAUCGCAGAGCAGGUGGAGAGCUUCCACCAAGAGAAGAACAAGCUGGACGCCGAGGUAGCAAAGUGGGACGACAGCGGCAAUGAUAUAAUUGUCCUGGCCAAGCAGAUGUGCAUGAUCAUGAUGGAAAUGACUGAUUUCACCAGGGGCAAGGGACCACUAAAAAAUACAUCCGAUGUGAUCAAUGCAGCCAAGAAGAUUGCUGAGGCUGGGUCCAGGAUGGAUAAGCUGGCUCGAGCUGUUGCUGACCAGUGUCCCGAUUCGGCUUGCAAGCAGGAUUUGCUGGCGUACUUGCAACGCAUCGCACUCUACUGUCACCAGCUCAACAUCUGCAGCAAAGUCAAAGCAGAGGUCCAGAACCUGGGUGGAGAGCUGAUUGUGUCUGGGUUGGACAGCGCCACCUCCCUGAUCCAGGCUGCCAAGAACCUGAUGAAUGCCGUGGUUCUGACCGUGAAGGCGUCAUACGUGGCCUCCACCAAGUACCAGAAGGUGUACGGCACAGCCGCAGUCAACUCCCCUGUGGUCUCCUGGAAGAUGAAAGCCCCUGAGAAGAAGCCCCUGGUCAAGAGAGAGAAGCCCGAAGAAUAUCAGACCAGGGUCCGGAGAGGAUCACAGAAGAAGCACAUCUCCCCUGUGCAGGCCCUAAGCGAGUUCAAAGCGAUGGACUCCUUCUAACGAUAAUCCUGCCUCUGAAGUGGUGAACGAUACCUACAUUAACAAAAUAAGGGUUCAGAAUGCUUCUUGUUAUAAGACGUAAUGUCUGAGUCUAUUAGCUUAAAGGGCUGGCUGAGUCUUGGAUCAAUUGGGACCAAUUCGAUAUAAUUAACAAAGGAUGGGGGUUCAUUUAAAUUAUUUUUAAAAAAUGGAGUGAAACAAUUUGAGCCUUGCCUUGCCCGUGACGAUUAUUUCUUGAAACAGGGGAAAAAAAUAUCGGAAGGAACUGAGAAUGGUUUAAGAGCUUCCUGAUCUGAUCAAUCUUCUGUUGUGUGUUAAUCUAUAAGACCGUGAUAUCUAUGCUUGUAUGUUAUAGUUAAUACAAUACUGGACAUUGAGGUCUGAUAUGUGGGAUUUUCUAAUGGGAUUCAUUCGAAUGAUUGCUUCAGAGCAACCCAAGCAAGCUAUUUUCCCUGAAAUCUUACCUAGCAUUUUGACUUAAACAUUUAAAAUGAGGCAGGAUUUGUGAUAAAACCCAGCCCUAAUUUUGAAGCGGUUUUCAUUUUGUUUCUCAAUCCACGACUGUUUGUGGGAUAUUGCUGUGUUUAAUCGGCUGCCGCAAUUGGCCCACAAGAUAUACAAUUAAUUCACUUUACAGUAUAUUCUGUGAAGC